GUCUGGUUGAUUGGUAAACAAGAUAAUGGCGGGAGGGAGCAGACGGUGGUUGGAUAAGGAGAGAGCAGAGUAUAGUGGAGAGGUCAGUCAAUGAUAUAAAAACAAGGAGGUGUGUUCAGUCAUCACUUCUCCACCAGGAACCAUGGCCACACCGUCACCCAAGACCUGCCUGACGGCGUGUCUCCUGCUGCUGCUGACGGUGGCUUCCCUUGUGGCUUCCGCCCCCUUCCCCGACCACCUCGACUUCCCCGGGAAUUCCCACGGCUUACAUGUUGAGAGACACGGCAAGCAGGACGACGCCCAGAGCCCCAGCAAUCAAGACGACGCUCAGAGCCCCGGUAAGCAAGAUGUGAAAAAUGACAACCUGAACGAAGGUGAUAUCCCUCCUGCAAACCUGGGAUCAAACAACACGCUGUCUUACACACUGGAGGAACGCAGUACUCUCACCGUCAACACGAACCAAGAAAACGUGAGCAUCGGUAAUCGGGAAAAACAAAUUAUCUCUCACAACCAGACGGAAGACGCCCUUGAGAACAUCAAAGACCCCGGAGACGACGUGGAUAGUCGCUCUAAGGGCAAGCCUGAGGAGGACGAUUCUAAGGACGACGACUCUGUAGAAGAGGGUUCUAAGGACGAUAGUUCUGUGGACGAUGGUUCUAAGGACGACGGUUCUGUGGACGAUGGUUCUGAUUACUCCACAAGCGGACCCUUGUUACCGCAGCUCGUUAACUCUUCAGAACCUGGGACCCAUAAACGAACCUUCUUUGACUAUGUCGAUGUGUUUGACAUCGAUUACACUGGCUACCGCCCCUAUGCUUACCGUCCCUUUGGCAGCUACGGGUACUCGCCUUACUACUCCUAUGGCUACGAUCCCUUUGGUUUCGACUACCUGUGAGACCUGUGAAUCCAGCCUUAGUAAAGACCCAGAAUAAUACACAGUAAACGUCUCCGUCGCCGCUGUGCUGGUAAACACACCCGUCUCUACAUCUGGAAAUGUUCCCUAGUAAACAGUAAUAAGGUUAGACGGGUUUCUUCUUACAUAAACAGAAACCUGCUACAGGAGAAGACAGGUUUCUGCUCUCACCCAAAUCUGUAUCUGCAUCCUUCCAGGGGUCCUCAUAUCACUUUAUAGUUUAAUUUCAUUAAAUGUCAAUGAUUCAGGUAUUUUGUUUCUUAACGCUUAUCUUGAGAACAAUAAA